AUGUCGAGGCGCGCCGCAAACUACGUCUUGCGCCUGAGCGGCGAUCGCCACGCUGCUGCGGCUGGCAUGGCGGGCGGCAUCGACGCCGCCGCCACCCUCUACCUAAUGUGGGCGAUUGUGCUGGUCGGCCUCAUCAUCACAUUUGCAUUGGUGGCGGUGUGCAUCCAGCUGCGCCGGCGUGGGCGCGGCGAGGCCGGCCCCCUGCCGGUCGCCGCACCCGCGACGGCUGCCGCCACGCCAAGCGGCAGGCAACGCCAUGUGGUCGCCGCUGCUGCUGCGGCCGCUGCGGGGGCGCCGGGGUCUCCUGCGGGCUCUGACGAGCUGUCGGCGGUGGUGACGCGGCGCGGCUUCCGCAGCAAGAAGCUUCCAACGCCGCAUCACAUCAUCACAAAUCUGCCUACCUACGUGUACACGCUGCCGGCCUCGGCUGUGCCCAAGGCCGUCAGCCACCCUGCCAGCGACGAUACCGCAGCCGAGCCCGACCAAGAGCGGCCGUCAGCGGCCGCACCCGCUGUCGCCGGCUGCGACGGCGGCGAGGACGCACGCCCUGUGUGCGUGAUCUGCUGCGAGCCGUUUCAGGAGGGCUGCACGGUCAAGCUGCUGCCCUGCAUGCACGGCUUCUGCUCAGACUGCAUCGACGCGUGGCUGGAGCGUGACACUCACUGUCCCUGCUGCAUGGAGUCUGGGGCUCACCCGCGCGUGAUGGUCGGCCUCCUCCCGGCCGUGAACAGUGGAUUGGUCAUGGCCAUGUGA